AUGCGAGACUUCGUGGAUCGAUGGGCUCGCAACCGCUUUCUGCUGGUAGUUAUGUUGAUGGGGUCGUAUUCCGUCCAGAGCUUGCUCAUCACCGCUUCAAAGAAACGAGUGACGUACAGCGCAGAUGUUGCAGUCCUUUUGGCUGAGUUGAUGAAGCUGGUCUUUGCUGCAGCCAUGCUUCCACCAGAGGUACGCGCCUCCAUGUCUUUGUCAGGGCGGUGGCUGUAUGCUAUUCCUGCGAUACUCUACACCUUGCAGAACCGGCUCGUGUUUGAGGCCUUGCAGAAGAUCUCUCCUCCGGAAUACCAGCUGCUGAAUAACAUCAAACUCUUCACCACCUCGCUUGUAUUCCGUGUUGUGAUGCGGCGACAGCUCCGUGUGCUGCAGUGGCUGGCACUGCUCCUGCUGGUUCUCGGCAUGGCCUUGGCCACAGCACCUUGUGGCGAAGCGGGACAGGCCCAGGCCCAGGAUGCUCGCACGGGAGUCUUGAUCAUGCUGGCCGUCUCGUGGUGUUCAGCUGUGGCUGGGGUGCUCAACGAGUGGCUUAUCAAGAAGAGUCAGAAUGUCUUGGAGGCCAAUAUUUGGCUUUAUGGGUUCGGUGUGGCAGCCGCCAUCUUUCAGCUGUUGGUGGUGGAUGGUGAAGGCGUGCGUGACCCGUUGGCGGGAUUUACGUCUUCUCUACUGCCCUGGAGUGUUGUGCUAUGCAACGCCAUCCUGGGUCAGUCUAUCGCUUUUCUGUUUAGGUAUGCGGAUUCCAUUGUCAAGCUGUAUGCCGUCAGUGCCGCCAUGGCCUUCACUGCGUUCUUCUCUGCAAUUUUCCUUGACUUCAGCAUGGGCUUUCACAGCGCCGCUGGCUACUUCGUCAGUUUUCUCUCAAUGUGCUUGUAUUACACACCCAGCCAAGUGCUGCUCUCGACUGAUGUGGAGUUCAUAGAGCAGCUCACAUCUAGCACAGAGAAGGAGAAGGCCAAGUAG